UAGUACUCUAAUCACCAAAAUGCUGUUCCCUACCCUUGUUACUGCUUUACUGCCUAUCCAUGUCCUUGGAUUGGUAGUCCCAAGAAAUGACCACCCCUGGCAAGCACCCGGGCCAAAUGAUCGCCGCAGCCCCUGCCCAUUUCUCAACACGGCAUCCAACCACGGCUUCCUCCCCCGCGACGGCUUCAACGUUUCGCAUCAGCAAAUCUUUGACGGUUUCAAGGAUGCCCUAAACUUUGAGUCGUCAGCCCUGCUCGCGGCCGUCACCCUGGCGCAGACGACAUCGACGACGGGGCACCCAAGCACAUUCCACAUGGAUGACCUCAACGCACACAACCUCUUUGAACACGACGCCAGCCUAAGCCGCAACGAUUCCUACUUUGGCCCCGCCAUCAAGCUCGAGAUGACCAUCUGGGAGCAGACUCUCACCCAUUUCCCAGACCCCUACAUCUCUCUUUCGCAGGCCAAGGCGGCAUUGGAAGCCCGCAUCGCCGAGUCCAAGGCCACCAACCCGGAGCACGUCUUUGGCGCGCUGGCACAGGCCGUCGUGGACAUUGAGACGGCGGUAUAUACGUUCGGCACCGGCGGGGGUGUUAAUGGCGGUGCGAACAGGGAGUGGUUGAAGGUUAUUUUUCAGGAGGAGCGGUUCCCGUACGAGCUUGGUUUCCAUAGAUUCGAGCAGGUGUCCACGGGAGAGAUGGUAGAUCAGUUCAUUGCGAACCUCAAGGCUGCGCCGCCGGUACAGCAGUAAAUCCUCUGGAGACGUGACCAGGUAAAGGUCGCUUUUUAAUUAAAAAAAAAAACAUAGAACGACAAUAGUAUACUGAAACAAUUAUACGUAUGCAUGUAGUACAAGUCAUCAACAUCGUCAGGUUUUAUCCACAUCACCAUUAUCCCUCCCAACACCUAGUCAAUCCUCUUCCACCACAACUUCCCUUCAUUACCACCAUCCCUCCUCGACGUAAUAAGCAGCAGGGAUCCGUUCUCGUACGUAGUAAAGUUGCGCUCCUGCCUCCUUCCAACCCAAGACGGCACGUGUGCGACGGUGAGGGGACCGUGAAAGACGCCACCCGAAGUGGCAGUCAGAGGCACGGCUUCGUUGAUGGAAAAAGGUCCAGCGUAGCAGAGAGCGUGCUUGGCGACGUUGGCCCAGUCCGCGUCCGACUGGCCUUCCGCGGGAGGGAAGGUCAGGCUUUGUGGCCGGUCCUCGGGGUCUGUUGAUGUGAUGGUUGCCGACAUGAAGCCGGAAGCUGUGUAGAUGAGUUGACCCGAGGGGUUGGAGCCGUAUGCCUCGUCAGGGACGGGGACACCGUUUAGGGUGGUGCUCGUGUUCAGGAGCAUGUAGGUGCCCGCAAGCGCCUGCAUAAUACUUUCAGCCCUCAUCUUGACGUUUGUUGUACCGGAAUGUUAUUCUAUACGGUGAAUUAUAU